GAGUAAUUUGUUUCAGGAGGACAAAGCCAAACUUUCGUCAGAACAAACAAAACAGCUUUCGCGAAUUCCAUUGCGGCUACUAAUGUGAUCUGAAGCCAAUACAACAGCAUUUAAUUACGAGAGUGCCACCGGCUUUUCCCAGUUUCCGCUGAAGAAAAACACGCUCUGCAAUUGAGAUUACUUCCGCUAGGUCAUAUUCCUUCCUUACCCUCCGACCCUCUCCGUUCACGAUCAUGGCUGCCCCCUCUUCCUUGCUAGACCAGAACACCAUUUGGGUCCCUUUUUACUACAACUGAGUUGACGAUUCAUUCCUUUCACCCCAUCAGGUUACUUGUUACAAGCUUUGUUUGAGUUUUUGCUGCUCUUUACAGUGGUGCUGGGCAGGGUCUUUGCCCAUGUUGUUUGAUUUGUUGUUAUGGCUUGACAAUAAGGGAGGAUGCCUUCUCUUUGUUUAUAUAUCGCAUUCGACCUCCUUUGAAAGAGUUAAUACACAACAACCUAAGCUCUUUGUGGGGGUGAUCCUUAAUCUCUUUAACCAAAACAAGACUUUCCAAAAAAUCCCUGCUUUCACUUCCCUUUCCCCACCUCUCUUCCUUGUGCCGGACUUAUCACGCUUGAUGGCGGCGUUUCUAUCUCGAUCUCCGAUGACAGCCGUUACCGGCCAAAUCAACGUCCAAUCUUCACCGUACAUUCGAAACCCAGGAACAAACGUUGUCCCUUCAGUUGUUUUCAUAAAACGUCGUCCCACUGGUUUCGUUGUUGCUUCUCAAAAUGACGACAAAUACGAAUCGAGCUUGAGCCAGAGGAAGAACGCUAAGGCCCUUGAAUUGCAGAGACUUGUGGAGGAUUUUCCUUAUGAGAUCUUCUCCAGAGACUCUUCUUUGCGUCCCAGGCCUCUGUCAUCAACUUCCUCGGAUUCGGUGUCUGAUAGGUCUCGCCUUCGUGUCGCAUACCAGGGUGUUCGUGGGGCAUACAGUGAGUCAGCUGCAGAGAAGGCUUACCCGAACUGCGAAGCAGUUCCAUGUGAGCAAUUUGAUACUGCAUUUGAAGCUGUUGAGCAGUGGCUCGUGGACAGAGCUGUGUUACCAAUCGAGAACUCCCUAGGUGGGAGCAUUCACAGAAACUAUGACCUUUUACUAAGACACAGGUUGCAUAUUGUGGGGGAGGUGAAACUAGCUGUCCGCCAUUGCUUACUAGCCAAUCAUGGUGUUGAACUCGAAGACUUGAGAAGGGUGAUGAGCCAUCCACAGGCUCUUGCUCAAUGCGAGCACACAUUGACUAGGUGGGGAUUAGUCAGAGAAGCAGUGGAUGAUACUGCUGGUGCAGCAAAGCUUAUUGCGUUUCACAAACUGAAAGAUGCCGGAGCAGUUGCAAGCUCUUCUGCUGCCAUGAUCUAUGGGCUCAAUAUCCUAGCUGAAGAUAUUCAGGAUGAUUGUGAUAAUGUUACCCGAUUUUUGAUGCUUGCAAGGGAACCCAUAAUUCCAGGCAGAGACAAGCCAUUCAAGACGAGUAUAGUCUUCUCACUGGAAGAGGGUCCUGGGGUGCUUUUCAAGGCACUUGCUGUAUUUGCACUUCGUCAAAUUAACCUAACUAAGAUUGAAAGUCGUCCCUUGCAGAGGCACCCCUUGCGUGCAUCUGAUGAUAGCAACAAUGGAGCUCCAAAAUACUUUGACUAUCUUUUCUAUGUGGAUUUUGAAGCAUCAAUGGCUGACCAGAAUGCUCAGAAUGCCCUCCGUCAUCUGGAGGAGUUUGCUACAUUCCUACGGGUGUUAGGAAGCUAUCCAGUGGACACCAGCAUGAUAUGAAUGACCUAAUAUGGGUUUCAUGGGACACGAAACAAAAGAAUUUUCAACGUGGACAAUCCAAGUUAUCUCCAAUGUUUACUGUUAGGGCAGAGGGCAGGGUCGUGCAAAUUUUUUUUAAUGUAAUUAUCAAAGUUGUUCCAUUUGCUUGUGCCGAUUAUCUUCUUCAGCGUAUUUCUCCAACACAGACAAAUGUGGAUUAUCUUUAGCAUUUUCUAUUUGUCUUUUUUUUUAUUCA